AUGGGUCAAAAACCGAGUAACUUAGAUAAGGAGGUGACUCUCCAACACAUGCAGGAACUCUACCUCAAAUUUGCCACAGAUUGUCCGAGUGGAAACCUGCACCUGCACGAAUUCAAGAAAAUAUUCGGAAUAAACAGCAAAUCCACGGAAGAAGAAUGCGCAUUCAUGGACAAUGUUUUCAGAUCCUUCGACACGAACCAUGACGGUCAUUUGGACUUCAUGGAGUACGUGGCAGCUAUUCAUCUUGUCCUUCGUGGGAAACUAGAAGACAAAUUGAGGUGGUCGUUUAAAGUUUAUGACAGAAAUGGAAACGGCUGCCUGGACAGACAGGAAGUGAGACACAUUGUCAAAAUUAUCACCAAGAUAAAGACACACAAUGAUCCGGGCGUCCCCGUGGACGUUGAUGGAAUUUGUGACAGAAUAUUUGACUCUGUGGACAAGAAUAAAGACAGUCAGAUAACGCUGUCAGAGUUCAUGGAGGGGGCUCAGAAGGACGAGUGGCUGAUGAACCUGCUGAAGUUAGACGUAGAUGCCAAAGGUUGGGUCAUCCAGAACUGCGGGAAGACGUCCUGAUUCCUCACCUGUGGGUUCUCCGCCCACAAGAUAUGAUCUGAGGCUGACACACAGCUGCUGUCUGGGGUUUCGUCUCCGUGUCGAGCUUCUCGAGACUUUUGAAGCUGCACGGAUGAAUGCAGGUUUGCAGAGGUUUUAAACUCCGGUGCACAGGUCCGAGUCCUCUCUGCAAACAUGUGCUCUGUCCUGAUGUUAAGCUAAUGUGGCUAACACAGAGCUAACACAGAGCUCUGGGAAAUGCAGAACAGCAAAUUGUUGUGUAUUCCUGUUUAUUAUGUGUUUUUAUAUUAUUUUUGAUAGUGUAGUUGUCUCUGCAGAGGGGUGGGUAACUACAUUAACUCAAAUACUGUAUAUAAGUAUAAUUCUGAGGUACUUUGCUUAAGUAUUUCAAGUUUAAGCUAUUGCAUAUUUCUACUCCACUACAUUUUUUAAGUCAAUGUUGUACUCUUUAAUUCAUCCAUGUUUAUCUCGCAUCUUUGAACAGAUUCAGAUGACUAGCUAAUACAAAAUAUAAAUCAACUAAUAAAUCAACAUUGACAUAUCAAUCAGAAAUCCAUCAAAGUGAAAAUAUACAGUGCAGAUAAAAGGCCAACUAACAUAUUAAAUAAAGGCAAACACGUAAACAAAUCAAAUAAGUUCAAAAUCUAAGGACAUGUAGUUAAUUUAUCAUAAUCUGCUCCACCUUGACCAGCGUGAUGACAACAUUAAUGCAUCAAUAAUUAUAACCCUGUUAUUUCAUAUGAUCCUGAAAUGGGAAAACAUGCAUACUUUUAAGUAUAUUUUAAUGCCAAUAAUUGUGUACUUUUACUUAAGUAGGAUUUUAAAUGCAGGAUUCUUACUUGUAACAAAGUACUUUACAAUUUACUUCAGGUAACAUGUGAGCACUUCUUCUACUUCUGGUUUAAAUAGUUUAAUAUUUAACAACCUUAAAACACUUUUACAUGAUCUCAUUUCAUUUAUUUGUUAGUAACUUCAGAGGUUCCUUGUGGUGUUUUUGCAUGCAUGUGGAGAACAUACAACAUUUCCAUUUAUCUAGGUGGUUAUAACAUGCAAACAUGCAGCCGUUAGCCAGCAAAGGCAAAUAAACAUUUCUGCAUUGUCACUGCAAGUAUACUCAAAUAAUUAAGAGACCUUUUCAGGUGAAAGUGAUACUUCGUGCUUUAUCUGGUUCAGAUGUGCAUUUAUUUAGUUAUUAAAUAACUUUUUUAUCCAAACCUCAUGCUAUAUUUUCUCUUAUAUUGCUUCUUCACAGUUCACACUUUUUUCCUUAUACCACUUGGUGUCGUCCGGAUCAGAAAAGCCGAGGCGCUUUAAACGCAAUCCUCAGAGGAUUAAAAAGUUAAUCUUGGCUGCAGGUCUGUUUGUCUGCAGGGGCCGAGGGUACUGAUCAUAAGUGGAGAAGACCACACUGU